ACGACAUGUGGCAAGCACCGGACGAACAAGCGUGAGGCGUCUGUCCAAACGCAGAGCCGCAACAACAUCCCAAUCAUUCGUCUCUCUCAGCUGCUGACAGACCGCGUCGUUUGCCUUCUGCCUGUGGCGCUUGCUCUGAUACAGACAGCUGUCAAUCUCAUCGGCGCAGCGGGUCUACACCAUCUCGCACACCAACAUGGCUACAACGCAAUCUCCCGAAGCCAAAGAGCUCGCUCUUGUAGGCAAAGUCGAGAUGCGCAUUGCGCUGGCAGAUUCAGAAAGGAAGCUCGAAGAUUUGUUGAAAGUCUACCUCGCCCCGCUACUGCUCAAGCUCGGCUCUGAGUACGUAGCUGUGAGGAACAAGGUCAUAUCUAUUUGCCAGCAUAUCAACACCCGCAUCAAGUCACAAGAUCUCAAGCUUCCGGUAGCCGCUUUAUUGAAGCAGUACAAGGACAACGCAGAUGUUGCCCUGAUCCGCCACUUCGACAUUCUGUACAUCCAGCAGGGUAUUUCUCGGCUGCCAGUAUCCGAUAGGCUGGAGCUCUUACCCAUUUUGAUUCAAGGGAUAUCGACCGACUACGAGAAGUCAGCUCAACAUGCUUCACAGUUAUUCCAUCUGAUCCUGCGGCUGCUUGUCCAUUUCAAGCUCCCAGCCAGAGGGACAAAGGAAGACACCGAAUUGAGGACCAAGCUAAGCGUCACAGACGCAGAUGCCGCGUUCUUGUCAAGAUGGUUCGGCAAGCUCAUCCUGUUGACACUUGUGCGACAGAGCACCCCAGAGGCUGUUAGCACCACAAAAUGCCCCGGUCUCUCCGUCGAGGAGUACAAGUUCCUGACACAGCAGGGCAAGCCAGAUGCUUGGGAUCCUAGCUCUGACGCAGGACUCAGCCUGACAGAAACCAAGGCUUUGGUCACGCGCUUACUGGCGAGUGGCAUGUUCGUGGACGAUGAGAAGUUUCUUCCAGCAUUAUUCGCAUCAGCUGACACAAAUUCUCGAAUCUCGGAAGUUGGCGAAGACAUUCUGAAGCGUGUCAUGCUCACUCAAGAUCUGGAAGAUGCGGAAUUCGUGGAAGCACUCUUCGAACUUUACUUCGGCUCUGCAUCGCCUGACGGAGCGUCGCCAGUGAAGACUCCUCUGCGAAUAAGGAUAUUGAGUGUGCUAUCAAAGUCGGUCACAUGCAUAACUUAUCCGCACAAGAUUGCCAAGAUCGUCGAAGAUGGUCUCCUUUCAGCAGAGCUGAACCCGACGAACAAGACUACCGGUCGGGAGGCGUCUAAGUUUCGGUCUACAAUUUUCUCGCUUGUCAACUUCGUUGCGCGCCGUGGCGCAUCAUCUGACUUGUCUGCAGUCGCUGUCAGUCUUGUGGGCAACCUUCGCGCUUUCAUUCAGGAUCAAGGGUGGCCAGCUGCGGAUCGCGAUCAAGAUACGGAACUUCGCGGUUACGGCUAUGAAACAAUAGGUCUUUUGGCAAAAGCUGCACCAGAGAAGAUCCUUAUCGAGCCAACAUUAGACUUACUCGAGUGGCUAUUCCGUUCUUUACGGGAAGAUUCGGCUGGCAAGGACGUGGCCGUAAGCAUAGAGGAAGCGCUGUCAUCUGUGCUAGGCGCCUUUGCUAAGCCCUUCGACGAAUCGGUCAUGCCGAGAUUCAGGCAGAUUUUGUUACGGUAUGCUACCGUCGACCAGAUCAACACACCCGCAUCUGCCCACUUCACAAGAAGUACGCGAUAUGUCGCCACAAGAUAUGCAAAUCGGUGUCUUCCGUAUGAAGACGUCUUAGCAAGGUGGGUCGAUAUCCUCGCUGUGAGCGGAGGUUCUGCGGAACGACACGAAGUCGUGGAAGAAGGGCGACGAGGCCUGGACCCGUACUGGUUCCAAAUGUCGAACAUGGCACCUGAGAUCGGCCAAGAACAGCGAAAACUUCAAUUUCCUGACUUUGACAAGCUCGUCAAUUUUGUCUUCGCUCAAGAGGGCGAGGAUGAGGAUGUCAUGGAUCUCGAAGGCCCGAGUGAUGUUCUCACACAGGUUCAGCGCUUUUGCCAGCAUUAUCCGGAUGCAUUACCGACGGUCAUCGGCUUUUGCUCACAGGUCGCUUUGCAGUCCGCUCUCGUCAACAAGAGCAUCAGCGAUGAUAUCUCGGAGGACUGGGGACGUAAGCUUGACACUCUGAUGUCGACAGACCAACGUGCCAGGCAGGCUUUCCGGGCCUUUGCGGCGAACGAUGCACAUGGUCGCUCCAUCGCUGCAAUCAUCCGGGCCAGUUUCGAUAGGCUUACUCAAGAUGAUGUGAGCGAUGUAGGUGACAUUGGGAGCACGAUGGUACGGCUACUAUCGCUGUGUCCGCAGCGAUACUGGGCGCUUGCACAUCUCAUUCAAGACUUCCGUGCCUUAGAGCCCUCGAUCUUUUCGAACAACCCCGGGCGCCGGCUCGCUGCUGCUCACACUUAUGGUCUUCUAGCAUCCCAUCCUGAUUGCGACACAACAGCAAUCUGCACAUCGCAAAACUGGUUCUUCGAAAAACUUGGCACCUGGAAGUCGGCUGUUGGUGCGGACAUUAACCAGAUCAGCGGCAUCGUCAUUGCACUCGGAUACUACUUCAGUAGAGUGCAUUGGAGAGGAAGCAAAUCAGCAAGUGACCUUCCAGAAGACCACCCCGUCCAUCAGCUACUGCAGACUUUGGUGGAGGUGCUCAAAGAAACACGAGACGCGACACUGAAGUCUGCAGCAUUCCUGUGCAUCGAUCAGCUCUGCCUUUUCCACGUCAUCUCACCUUCGACCAUCGCGAAAUAUGCCAAGAUUGAGGACAUCGCUACACAAAUUUACGAGUCGGCAAAGACAGGUACUAUCAGCGCCAUUCUGGCUCUGGGUCACCUGUCGAUGGUCACCGAAGAAAAAGAAGAGACCGAAGAAGGAUCGGACUACAAGCUCAUCGGUGACAAACUAUACGAGCUCCACGAGGUCCGCCAACCAGAAGUACAGUUCUCCGUUGGUGAAGCGCUGAGUUGCUUUGCGAUUGGCUGGGGCUCAAAGGCCCUGAUCGCUGAGCUUGAUAUUGUACAUCCAGAACAGCCAGAUGAUCCGUGGGAUGCACCAUUACGAACAUCCAGCGGACCGGCACGCGACAAGACUUUCACGGCUGUCCUCGAGAAGACAUUGAAGGGCUGCGUGCAAACCAAGCCUGCGUUGAAGAAGGCAUCUGUGAUCUGGCUGCUUUGUCUGCUUCAAUAUUGCGGCCACAAACCAGAGAUGCAGGGCUACCUCAGCCAGUGUCAGGUCGCCUUCAAGAAUUGUCUUUCUGACCGCGACGAAGUGGUGCAGGAAGCCGCGUCACGCGGUCUCGGUCUUGUCUAUGAAAAGGGAGACCGUGAGCUCAAGGAUGAUCUCGUUCGUGAUCUUGUUGGCUCAUUCUCUGACAACAAGUCGAAGAUGGCAGGCACAGUGUCUGAAGACACUCAACUAUUCGAGCCCGGCGCGUUGCCCACAGGUGAUGGCAAGUCUAUCACGACGUACAAGGACAUCAUGAGCCUUGCCGCUGAAGUCGGCGACUCUAGUCUCGUAUACCGCUUCAUGUCAAUGGCGUCCAACAAUUCCAUCUGGUCUAGCAGGGCUGCAUUUGGCCGCUUCGGUCUGAGCAACAUCUUCUCAGACUCGAGUGUUGAUGGCUAUCUGGCGCAAAACCCAAAGCUUUACCCAAAGCUUUACCGUUAUAGGUUCGAUCCGAACCCUAACGUCCAGCGUUCCAUGAACGACAUCUGGAACGCUCUGGUAAAAGACUCUUCGGCAACAAUCGACAAGCAUUUCGACGCAAUCAUGGAUGACUUGCUCGUUAGCAUUCUAGGUAAAGAGUGGCGUGUACGACAAGCUGCAUGUGCUGCUGUUGCAGACCUCAUUCAAGGACGCGGCAUUGACAAGUACGAGAAGUAUCUGUCCUCGGUCUGGGACAAAUGUUUCAAGGUACUCGAUGACAUCAAGGAAACUGUCCGUGUGGCUGCUGCGUCUCUCGCUCGCGUGCUGACUGCGAUCCUCACGCGCUCGCUAGAAGCUGGCGACGCUUCUCUGAAGACAGCCAACGCUCAGCUAGUCCAGGUUUUGCCUUUCUUGUUCUCUACAAACGGCCUUGAAUCAUCGGCCGAGGAAGUGCGUAUGUUCUCUGUGCAUACACUUCUCCAGAUCGUGAAGAAGGCCAACGCCAAAACGCUCAACCACCAUGUCCCCGAGCUCGUCGAGCGCCUACUCGGUCUACUCAGCAGCCUCGAGCCGGAAGCAGUGAACUACAUCCACCUCAACGCCUCCAAGUACAAUCUCACCGCCCAAAAGAUUGACGACAUGCGCCUCGCAUCCGUGCGCUCGUCCCCGCUCACCGAAUCAAUCGAGCGUUGUCUCGACCUCGCUGACGCAGACACGAUGAAAGCAUUGGUCCCGCGCCUCGAAGUCGCUAUGAAAUCCGCCGUCGGCCUGCCCUCCAAGGUGGGAUGUAGCCGCAUCCUGGUCACACUCGCGACACGGCAUCGCUUCAUCUUUAGCCCCUACGCUGAUCACUUCCUCAAGCUGAUCCACAAGCACAUCCACGACCGCAACGAGACUGUUUCGUCCAGCUAUGCCGCAGCAUCUGGCUACGUCGCGCGCCUAGCGUCGGACAAACAACUACUCUCCACCAUUGCGUUCGCCAAGAAACAGUACUUCGAGACCGAAGAGGGCUCAGACCGCGCACGUCUGCUCGCUGGCGACAUGAUUCAUGCUAUUAGCCAGUAUGCCACGGACCGCUUUGCCUCGCUUGCGGCAGAGCUGCUGCCAUUUGUGUUUCUCGCCAAGCACGACGGCGAGGAGAAUGUGCGCAAGGCGUUCACGGAGACGUGGGACGAGCAUGUAGCUGGUAGUCGCAGCGUGGCGCUCUACCUCUCUGAGAUCCUGGCGUUGUGCAACGAGCACCUCGAGUCUCGACAGUGGGCGAUCAAACACACGGCUGCGAAGGCAGUUGCUAACGCCGUGCUGAGCAUCACGUCUGCGGUUGGCAGCGAGAUUCUGGAUAAGAGUAGUGCGGAGAGGAUUUGGCCGGUGCUGGAUAAGGCGCUUAGUGGGAAGAGCUGGGAGGGGAAGGAGAUCGUGCUUGAUGCUUUUGUUAGAUUUGUGGAGCGUGGAGAGGCGUGGUGGAAGGAAGAGGAGAAGGGCGCGAGGGUGAAGGAGUUGGAGAAGGUGGCUGUCAGGGAGGCGAAGAGGAAGGAGGGUGCUAAUGAAAAGGUUGUUCAGCCUGCACUGGAUAAAUUGAAGAAGCAUUCGGGAAGCUCGUAGAGAGUGUAUGCAGGCCUCUAGAUAGAAUGUGCGAAUCGAUUCGCUUGAUUUCAC